AUGGACGAUCAGAUAUUGCCCAACAUUGGCUAUCCCAUUAGAGUUAUAAUACCUAUUGUCUAUUUUUUCAUCACUAUUAUUGCUGUAAUCGGUAAUAUAAUCAAUUUUUAUUCAUUGUGUGUUAAUGGAGACCGAUAUGGUCGAAAAAGUCUUCACUUGUUAAUAUGGAAUGUGACAGUUUCCGAUGGAAUAUGGGUCGGGAUAUUUUUUGUUGUUAAAAUGGUAUCAUAUGCUAAUUUAAGUGCUGGAUGGUUAAAUAAUUCAUGGUGUAAAGCUGAAUAUUAUAUUUUACGUUCAAUGGAUUUUCUUCUCGCUUAUACAAUUGUUUUUAUGUGUAUCGAUCGAUGUGUACGACGUAAAACAUGCUGGUAUGGUAUACGUCGAUUUAAAAGUGGCCUGUGUAUUGUUCUCGCAUUAUGGUUAGCCGUAUGUUAUGCUUUAAUACCAAUAUUAUUUUUUAAUCAAGAAUUAAAAGAUUUAAACUAUGGCGCAUAUGAAUGUCAGACAAACGCAACAACCCUCAAUCAAUUGACUUGGCUCAACUUACAAUCAAUACAAACACCAACACAAACCAUUUAUAUUCUUGAUUUUAUGUUUGGCAAUGGUUUACCAGUAUUUUUAAUGAUUGUAUUUCUAUUUUUAAGAUUAAUUUGCCAUCGAAAACGAUCAAGCGCAAAUAUGGAUAUGGAUGCGUAUAAACAACUAAAUUUUAGUCUAUACGAUGAUGAACAUCCUAAUUUAUCAAAAAUGGUCGUUUUCUAUGUUCUUAUCUAUAUCCUCUGUCAAUUACCGUAUUACAUUUAUCGUCUCGUUCGUAUUUAUCAACCAUAUAUCGAUGAAAAUUUGAAAAAUAUAAACAUUUUUUAUGCGAUCGAUAUCCCACUCAUUGCAUUGAGACUCAUUAACCGCGCUAUUAAUCCAUGGUUAGCUUUCUUUUUCAUGAGACAAUUGCGUGAUUCAUCUCGACAUUUUUGUUCAUUUUGGUGUUUUGGUUUUAUACCAGGAUGUCCAAAUCGAUGGAGUUGUUUAAAAGAUUGCACAUCGUGUGUAAAAGAUGAAUGGCACGAUUUAACAGCAAAUAAUCAAAUGGUCAGAGAAAUAAGACCAACAGGUAAUACAAUGAAAAAAGAAUAUUUAGAUGAAAAUGGUAAACGUGUAAGACAGACAUACGAAGAAUAUGUCAGACAUUAUCAUCGACCGAAAACACAUUUUUCUGAUGCAAAUCCCGCCCUAUUACUUGGUGGAAAAUCGGUACCAGAAAAUUUUGGUUAUACAAAUCAAGCGUAUUCAACAACAAAAACAUAUGUACCACAUGCAAAUGAACCAAGAACUGAACUUUAA